CCCGCCCUCUCUGUCGGCCCCGAGCUGCCCCUACACUUUUGCCGGUGAGAGCUACUAAUCCCCUGCGUCCAUGGUUUACUCUGAGCCCGUAUUUAAUUCCUCUAAACCCCCAGCUGCCGUCCUGGUUACUCACUGAACACGACAGCCUGUGAACCGCUCUGGUUAUUAAUAAUUCACCAGCCCUCCGCUCCGCUUCUCCGGCCCCGGCCGCAGGACACCGCGCGUCCUCACUGGUGCGUGCACGAAGUGUUUUCACUACGCGCAUUUGUUUACUAAAUUUUGGCUGCUCGGUGUCUCACUCGGAAGGUACGCACAUUUCACCUCCUUGUUAGCGUGUUCAGCCUAAAGGCAGUCCCGGCUGGCAUUGUCCACCAAGUCCCGAUAGCCUCAUCAACUCUGGUGUGUCUGAUGUUGCGACAUCCGCACUGCCACAUGGUGAGUUUUGAUCGAGACACUGUUCUCUCCGCAACUUUCUCCGGACAUUGAGGAACAGGUGGGGUAGCACCUCCACGUUUUCAUAUCAGCAAACCCGGAGCAUGCACAAGGAGAAAGCGCGCUGCGUCGUCCCCUCUGCAGGACUCGGGGGCAACAGCUGAUCUGGUGAGCGCGUAAGCAGAGUGCAAGCUACUUACUGUCGGUGCACAGCCAGACUCCUGCUCUGUCACUCGGGCUCAGACGGUGAUUGUGUCGGUGGCGCAGAGCGCGGUGACUCGGUGGACAUUACGGCACCGGGACAGACUGGAGAGAGAGCAGCACGCACUGACAGGCGAGCACAGCCUCGACACGGACGAUUUUCAUGGAAAUAUCACGAGCUGGAGGCGAACAUAAACACGUAGCGUGAAGAAGUCGGGAAGCAGAAGACUUGGAUUAUACGGCUCUAUCCUCCUUUGCCUUGACUAAGAAGAGUUGACUACAAAAAAUGUUUACCGGGCAACAGGCCGUGUAUUAGGGCUCUUUUGCUUCCGGUAUAAGGCCCAACUGAACAAGAAACCGAGCAGUUUUCUCUCUCCCACACACUUUUUUUUGGAAGCCGAACUUUUUGAGAGUGGAAAAUGGGUCUUUGAGAGUGUUGGCACAUUUCCCUACACCACAAUGGCAACCGAAACCUUUCUGUUGAACGAAGAACCCUCCAGAGGUCCUGGGAUGCCUGAAUGCUUUGUAGUAUCAGAUUCAUACAGGGAUGAAUUUCAUCCCUUCAUUGAGGCCCUCCUCCCCCAUGUCCGUGCCUUCUCCUACACCUGGUUCAACCUGCAGGCCCGUAAGCGCAAGUACUUCAAGAAGCACGAAAAGAGGAUGACCAAGGACGAGGAGCGCGCGGUGAAGGACGAGCUGCUGGGGGAGAAGCCAGAGAUCAAGCAGAAAUGGGCCUCGCGCCUGCUGGCCAAGCUCCGCAAGGACAUCCGGCCUGAGUUUCGUGAGGACUUUGUGCUCACCAUCACGGGGAAGAAGCCCCCAUGCUGUGUGCUGUCCAACCCCGACCAGAAGGGCAAGAUCCGCCGCAUCGACUGCCUCCGCCAGGCCGACAAGGUGUGGCGACUGGACCUGGUGAUGGUCAUCCUGUUCAAGGGCAGCCCCCUGGAGAGCACGGACGGGGAGCGGCUCGUCAAGUCGCCCCAGUGCUCCAACCACGGCCUGUGUGUCCAGCCGCACCACAUUGGAGUGACAGUGAAGGAGCUGGACCUCUACCUGGCCUACUUCGUCCACACACCAGAACAAUCAGGACAAUCAGACAACUCAAACCAGCAAGGAGACACAGACGUCAAGCCCCCACCAAAUGGCCACUUGAGUUUCCAGGACUGCUUUGUGACUUCAGGGGUGUGGAACGUGGCCGAGCUGGUCCGCGUGUCACAGACCCCUGUGGCUACAGCAACUGGCCCCAACUUCUCCCUGGCUGACCUAGAUAGCCCCGGCUACUAUAACAUCAACCAGGUGACCUUGGGACGGCGCUCCAUUACCUCCACCCCCUCCACCAGGACUGAAAUGGAGCUUUAUGCAAGUCUCCCACGGAGCUCCAACAAGCGCAAGUCCAUUGACGACAGUGAGAUGGAGAGCCCGGUGGACGAUGUCUUCUACUCAGGCCGUUCCCCAGCGGCUGGCAGCAGCUCUCAGUCCAGUGGUUGGCCUAAUGAUGUGGAUGCAGUGCAGCACCAUUUGGCCAGUGUGCAGGAGAGGAAGAUUAAGCAUGAGAGCGAUGGAGUGCAGUUUCCUUACCAUGGACUCUCAUCGCCUAGUUCUCUUAAGAAGCCGGGGAAAUUCGAUUUCAGCGCCCUGUCCUCCCAGACGAGGUCCCCCCGCAUGGCGUUCACCCACCACCCACUGCCAAUGCUGGCGGGAGUGAGACCAGGAAGUCCUCGUGCUUCAGCCUCGGCCCUGCACUUCCCGUCUCCCUCCAUCAUUCAGCAGUCUGGCCCCUACUUCACCCACCCAACCAUCCGCUACCACCACCACCCUGGACAGGACCCCCUGAAGGAAUUUGUGCAGUUUGUCUGUGCUGAUGGUUCGGGGCAGGCCGCCGGACAGCCAAACGGGAGCGGCCAGAGCAAAAUGCCGGGCUCCUUCUUGCUGCCUCCACCUCCCCCAGUGGCCCGCCCAGUGCCCCUCCCUAUGCCCGACUCUAAACCCAACAGCACGCCCCCUGACGGCGGACUCUCCUCGCCCACAUCUCCGUCAUACUCCACGCCAGGCGCCACAGCUCCCAACAGGUUUGUCGGCAUCGGAUCACGGGACAACAACUUUCUGAACAUCCCGCAGCAGACACAGUCUUGGUUCCUCUGACAAGAUCUGUGCACAAACCAGCAACUAGAAUUCUUUCUUUACAAUCCAAAAUAGAAAAACAGAGAAACAACCCGCAGGACAACAGCUGUCCUCCAACCAACCCACCGACCGGCCCUGACAGUAUGUCUCACCUGAUACAAAAUAUAACCAAGCGACACAGGAAAUUACAGCAGCAUUACGCUUUUAGAGGAACUCUGGGCUCAUUUGCCCAGUCAGAGGGAGGACCCGUUUCGAGCAAAGAUGGAUAGAUGGAAAGAUGAGUGGAUGGACAAGAGGAUGCCAGGAUAAAGAAGGGGUAAGGGGACAAACGGCAGCGAGCAGGCAUCUCUCCUGAAACCACCAAACCAGCACAACACAGCAGCAGAGCAAGAGGAAAAGGCGGUCAGCUUCUCAGACUUCGUGAGGACGCAUUGUGUAAUGAAUGGCUAAGAAAAUCAACUGUCCAACAAAAUCAGGUUUCCACAACACAGAUUUAACACUUAAGUUACACACCCUCAAUGAAUCCACAGCCUGAUCAAAGCAGAGACACUGUUUGAUUUGAAAGCUGCAGUCCAUGCUCCUGUGAUGUCUGUCAUCACCCAAAACAUAGUCAAAUUGACCAUUGCUUCUCUCCCUCUGAACCACCACUGACUCUACAAAGUCCCUUUUUACCCUGCUACUAACUAGAGAGAGACCAUGCCAAAACAUAUCUUGAUUAAGGGUUGCACUAGAAGCUGAAUCAAUUAACACUAAUCGUAAUGAUGUGCACUAUUUACCUACAAGGCAUGGGAGGUGAACCAGACUUGCCUAAUAAGAGUUUUAAAAAGUUAAAAAAAACAAAAAACAAAAAACAAAAAAACAAGGUACAAGACACCUUCACAUGUCCUUGACCCCCAUCGUUCAGUUUGACAAAUCAUUGGCCUCCGUUCAUUUUUGCAUCUCCCAGCGCAAUACACACAAGAUCACGCAAGCUGUGCCAUGACCACAGCGUGUAUGCACAAUUGAAAACACACACACGUGCAGUUGCCCAGUCAGACCUUUUAGAUUGUUUCGUAGGUGGUGGUAUUGUGUUAUCAUAUUUUUAUUUUCUAUGCACACAGUAAGCCCAGCGAUCCUAUUCGAUUAGAUAUCCAAACAUCACACAAACACACACUGAAAAUCAGUGUGUGUGUAUCAUCACUGACAGUUUUCACAACUACAGACAGCAGCUGUUGGUUCCCCCUUUGCCCUCUUGUAAUGUAGAUGAAUGAUUUUGUUAUCUCUUGUGUGUUCUCUUAUUUGAAUUUAUUCCUUUUGGAUUUGUACUAUUUUAUAUUUGUUUUGUAUUUGAAUGACAGCACCUUAUAGAGAAACACAGUCAGAAGUGGGAUGUUGAAGCGGUGCAGACAGGGUGCUUUGCUGACCUGGAUCAAAUAGUACAUGCUAAAACAUUCGCAAAACGUUUGACAUUUUGCAAAAUAUGCUUGUUUGCUUUCUUUCUCACAGUUAGAUGAGAAGAUCGAUACCACACUCUUGUCUGUACGCUAAAUACAAAGCUAUGUCAAGCAGCCACUUAGCUUAAGGCCUGGUCUGAUCUGUCCAAAGGUGACACAAUUCCAGCACCACUAAAGCUAUUGUUAUUCAUGUUCCAUCCUUCCUGUUUAAUCUAUCGAAAAGUAAAGUACAAAAACAACCGUUUGCCCUUUUAAUGGGCCAUUGAGACCGUGCAGCUGGACACAGUCAAGAAAUAUUUUACAUCCUUGUAAAAUGGCAAAUUGUCAUUUUACUCUUAUUGUGCAGAAAGUUUUUAUUAGAAAGCUCAGUGGCGGUCGAGACUAAAAUCAGUCCUGAAUUAAAUUGAAUUGAAUUAAAACAACAAAAGGAGCUGUAUUGUUACACCUGUUUUUCUGUCUUUGUGCCAAGCCAAGCUAACCUGCUGCUGUAGCUUCAUAUUUACCGUACAGACAUGACUGUAGUAUCAGUGUUUUUGCCUAACUCUCAGCUAGAGAGCUAUGUGACUAUUUCCCAAAAUAUCAAACUUUGACAUGGUUUGUUUGCCACAUGCCCUCCUUACAGACCACAUAAUGUGGGGUUCUGACAAUCAGCUUUUUUUCUGGGAACUUAUCUGCUGAACCAAACAGAUCAACAAAAAAAAGGAAAGAAAAGAAGGCGCCACGUGCAGUGUUUGACCCAGGUACAGCAAGCGAUUGGUGGUGAUACAUGAGCGAUGGAAAAACAGAACCAAGAAGGGAAGGUUGCUGAUGAUGGGACCCAGAGUAAAAGAGAGAGUAGCUCUUCUUUCUGUCUCCCUAAAGUUUACCCUGUUGUUUACACUCCCAGACGGGCCGCUGCUCCAAGAGCAGAGGGAGCCACACUGCGGAGCAAAAUGAAUAUGUGACAUAUCUGGCUGGUUUCAGAGAGGGAACGAGGGCCUAAGGCUAGCAGUAGGAGGAUCACCCACGUGCCCACUUUUGUUUUGGUGCACACAAUAAGAAUAUCGGUCAAUAUGGUAUCCCCCCCAACACACACACACACACACACACACACACACACAAACACACACAGACACCAGCACUCCCAUUUAGCUAUUGUGAAUUGAUGAACCCUUAAUGAUUAAAACUGCACUAAAACAAACAUGCCAGCCAACCUCGUCAGUUUCUGUUUGGUAAGAAUAAUAGUAGAUUGACCACCACUUAAUGUUUGACAUCAGUGGAUGAGUCCCCGAUGAUGGAAACACACUUGUAGAGCACACAAAUCGCCACUUCUUAAACACACAGACUUAUAAAGACCACUUACUAUUAACGCAAACACAUCCCCUGUGCCCGACUGAAUUCAAAGGGAAGUCUUAAAAAAAAUAAAUAGACAAUCUGAGGAGGCCUUUACGCUUUUAAUCGUUUUAUAUCACAAGCCCAUGCAUAUUCUGACCGAUUCAGUCGUUUCCUGUUAAAAUUCACACCAUCCAUCCAACCUCACAAAAUAACUGGACUGCCUGGCCACGUUCUUCACUGCAGGGAAACACAACAUAGUUGGCCAACCGACUGGUGACCUUCUCAUCAGCUUCGUAGAGAGAACUAGCUCUGCUGAGUAAGACGUUAUCGAUGGCUAAGGUGAUUUCUUUUCUAAUCUAUGGAAGUGCCUCUGUAUUCCCAUUAUGCAAUUUGUCAAACAUGAAUUCAGGUUCUUUUUCUCACAUAUAAGCUAUAGUGAAUGGUGAAAAAUUUAUGUCAGGAGAGGGGAAAAAAACAGUGACAGCUCACUAGAUAAUCGCAAGCAUCUUUAUAUAUAAUACACAUAUAUAUUUAUAGAUAUAUACAUUUUUUUUAUUUGCAAGAUAAGCUCUGUGGCAGUCUAGUUAUUUUUUGAAGCAUGGCGUACAUCGCACAGUCAUAGGAUGCAUCUCAAAAACCGCUGAUUAGAGCUAAAGUACCAGUCUCUCAACCCACUCUCGCUUGUUGAAUGACAUAAAAGAAAAUCCAUGGCAAACAACAAUAAAUACAUAGACAGUGAUGAUAAUGUAGUUGAGGAUAAAAAAAAAAGAACAGAUUAGGAUUUGUUGUUUUCUUUCUUGUUUUGAUGGGAAGUAUUGUUCUUGAAACUAAAUGAUGUAUGUUGAUUGAGCCAUGUGCAAUGCCUUGGUAGAGGAAUUGUGUUUGUUUGUUAGCGAUUGUUUGAGGGUGUCACGAGAAAAGAGGGAAGACCCUCUAAGGUUUUGUUUUUUUUUCUUUUUUUUCUGGUUUUUCAAGUCCACAUGCUCUGGGACUCUAAACACGAGGGCAACGAUGAAAAAAAUCCCAGUCUUUGUAAGUAAGUUUGGGGAAAUUGUUUUUAAUUUCCUUAUGUUUUUUUUUUCCUUUUAUCACUUUUUUAAGAAAAAAAACUUCAUUUCUAACCAUUUGUUUUCAGAAUGUGGGAGGGCUGAAGGAACAAUUUUGCAACUCAUAAAAUAUAUAUCACUAUGAAAACUGGUGCUUUCCUAAAGAAUAAAGUACAUUCAAUCUCUAUUAUACAUAAAUAAUAAUAAACAAAAUUAAGUGUUAUCAUAAAAGCAAAUUUUAGGAGAACAUGCAUUAUUCUAUUUCUCUUUUUGUAUUUACCGAGGGGGGAGGGGUUCAUUGUAUGAAAAGGUUGUCGUGACAAAAGGCAUUUUUCCCCCCCAACCUUUACACCAUAGCAAAGGAACAGUCAUAAGAAGACAAAACAUCUUGCAAAACGCUAGACAAGAUCUUCCCCAAUCUGGGAGAUGCACAAGUAUGGAUUCCCGUUUCCAAGAAAGAUGGAAAGAAAAAAAAAAGACCAUGAGAGGUGAUUUUUGAUUUAGUUGGUUCAGUGAGAGGGAAUUAGCGGCCUCUGUCUGCUCAGCUGGUCUGCUGUCAUCAAUUCAAGUGAACCCCCCCCUCCCCUGUCCCCCCGGCCCCACCCCCACCCCCAAAUCCCAUCUACCACUGUAAAUGAUUAUAAAUAUUUGUUUGGUGAUGUAGUGUUAUAGACUCAGAGCAUCUUAAAGGUUGUCCCUAAAAAGUGCCUUUUGUUCACAGAUUCCAUCUUGUAAUCCUGAGUGCCCAUCUCAAAAGAAAAAAAACAAAAAACAAAAAAAGUCCCCUCCUUCAUACUUCUGUAUCUUUCUCUUCUUCCUCUUCUUCAAGCUUUUUAAAGCAGUAUACAUAGUACUAAAGGAAAUUGGUGUGAUUUAGUUCCUCUUUUUAUUGUUGAAUAAUUAAGAAAAGCAUAAAAAAAGCCCAAAAAAAAAAGAUAUUUUCUGUCUUGCUUCUCUUCCUCUGUAUCUUGUCUUCUGUCUAUCUUGGACACUGGAGUAGUCUGUAGCCGCGUAACCCCCAACCCCCCCCUCCUCCCCUCCCCUCCUUCUCCUUUCUCCCUUUCUCUUGAACGGUGGGGUUUCAAAAAAAAAAAAAAAAAAAAAAAAAAAGAAUACGCAAAGAUUUUUUUGUCUGAGCAGAAUGCAGUUAGCUCACAUGUUAUUCUUGUCUGUACGCUUCACAUUGUAUUACCAUACCCAUCUUCUUCAGCUUCUCCAUUCAACAGCUAAUGUAAGUGAACAAGUUACACCACAGGGCUCUGGGCGGUGCUGAGGACAGGGGUCAGGGCAAAGCAAUUUGUCCCCCCCCCCCCAGGAGAAGUCAAUGACAAAUCAACUCGUGGUGGAGAGAGAAAAGCACUCGCGGGAACUUUUGGUUGUGGGCCUAGGCGAGGGAGGUGACCAAUAGGACUGCUAGUAUAGGCAGGUUUAUUUGUAAUCCUUAUUUGUAAUCCUAUUUAUUUUUUUUAUAAUUGAAUUUGGAUUUGCUUUUUGAUUCCUUUUCUUUUUUUUUUUUUCGUCAUUGUUACUGCGUAUCUUAGGCAGCGGGAAGAUGUUGCAUUGAGACCUUUGAAUAUGCACCUUUCAAGUGGUUGAAUGAGACCAGCUAUUUAAAGAAAAAAAAACAUGGAAAAAAAAAAGGAAACUGAAAAUGACUCAAAGCACCUUAUAAGCGGACUGGUUCCACAGCACGGUGACUGAAAGGCUCAGAUUUAGCACAAUCGUGAGAGAUAUUAAACAUUGCUUCACAAUAUUGUAAUGAUUCACCGCCAUUCUAAAAUCGCAGUGUUUAAUAGACAUGCCGACCAAAGCGAUAUGGUUCCAAAAGCUGUAAAAAUCUAGAAGAAUUUGGUGACUAAUAGAGAAAGCACCUUGAAAUUCCACCAGCAAAAUCAAGUGAUUACAUAUUUUUGUCCUGCAAAAAAAGAAAAAAAUAUAUAUAUGCAACUUUUUAUUUUUCUUGAUCAAGCAAAUGAAGCCAGCAGCAGUAUUAUCAAUCAAGCCUUGACAAGUGAAAGCGCCACAUUUGAGAAGCCAUAUCAGAGACGAACAGGUUGCAGAGAGCAGAGCAUAUGUGUGUGUGUGUGUGUGUGUGUGUUUGUGUUUGGUUGAGUGAGGGUGUGUGCAGUGUCUGCCCCUGCACUGUUCGGAGAGCCGAGUCAGACUCUGUGGCCCAACCAUCCGCCCAUUGUUUUUUUUUUUUUGUUUGUUUUUAACACGUUUUGUAGGGUGCAGGGCUGCGUUUAGUGGUGUGUAGACUAAGCCCCCCUGGCCGGCCUAACCCCUCGCCUCUGGCCUGUAAACAUGUCUCCCACUAUGAGCGCUCUUCCUCUUCGUUCUCCUCCUCCUCCCCCUUCAGAGCAGAGUCUCAUCCUCAGACACACACCCCCCCCAGAGCCCAUGGUGAAAUGCAUGUGUUAAUUACAGUUUCUUUUCCAUAAUAAUAAUAAAAAACAGUUUGAAAAGAGCAACCCCUUUACUUGAUUGAAUAAAAGGAUGUUCUUGACUGUA